AUGUUGAGUACUUACAGAUAUAGCACCAUGGAUGGAGGGACGCGGAGGAAAAACGCCACUCGGGAAACAACCAGCACCCUGAAGGCCUGGCUGCAGGAACACCGCAAGAACCCAUACCCAACGAAAGGCGAGAAGAUCAUGCUGGCCAUCAUCACCAAAAUGACCCUGACACAGGUUUCCACCUGGUUUGCCAACGCCCGGAGGAGGCUCAAGAAGGAGAACAAAAUGACAUGGCCCCCAAGGAACAAAUGUGCUGAUGAGAAAAGACCCUAUGAGGAGGAGGAGGAGGAGGACGAGGAGGGAGAAGGUCAAGGGGAGAACCUAAAGAAUGAGAAAGUCGAGGAGCCCUCCGGGAAGGAAGACAAAGAGCUGGGCCUAAGCGACCUCGACGACUACGACCCACUGGAGUCGGAAAGCUCGGAGGGCGAGCUGAAGACUCAACCCUUCGGCCACGUGGAAAGCAACGCGUGCGCCAACGAGCCAAGGAAGGAACCCAUCCUGGUGACGGGCGCGGCCUCGCUGGAAAGCCCCCUCGACAGGGCCAAGAGCUGCCUCAAGGAGCCCGGCUCGGGGCCGGAAGGCUGCGAGGCGACGGAGCUACUGGACGCCAGGCAGAGGAGCUGCGAGGCCAAGCCGUGUUACCAGCCCCAGCCGCCGCCCCUCGAAGGCGGCGGGAAGCCGAGGAUCUGGUCGCUAGCGCACACGGCCACCUCGCUCAACCAGGCGGAGUACCCCUCGUGCAUGCUGAAGCGCCAGCAGGGGGCGGCGAGCGGCGUCGGGGCGGCGCAGGCGGCCAGCGUCCUGGAGAGACCCCCGAAGGAUUCCCCCGUGGCCAACCUCAGGAACUGGGUGGACGGCGUGUUCCACGACCCUCUCUUCAGACACAGUACUCUCAACCAGGCCUUGAACAGCACCACAGUGUCUUGGGCGACCACCAAAGGCUCCCUCUUGGAGACGGGGGCUUUGGGGCGCUCGCUGGGGGCCAAGGGGCAGCUGGCCGGCCUGGCUGGGCCUCAGGACUCCGGCAAAGACUUCUUGGCUUUUCCCAAAGCGGGCAGCAAAAUGUUCUGCUCUUAA